GAUCUAGUGCUUUUCCACCCGGCUCGUUUGGGGCGGGGACAAGUGGGGCCCCGGGUUGUAUUAAAGGCCGAGUGGAGCGCCGGGAUCCUGAAUGAGAGCAGAAGGAAGGAAGGAAGUCCGCCGGCACUCUCGGCUCGCCUUGUGCAUUCCGGGUCCAGACCUUAAAAGUGAGAUGAAGUUCAUCCUCGGCAUCGGAGGGGUGACCAAUGGGGGCAAGACCACCUUGACCGACCGGCUGACCAAAGCCCUUCCCAACUGUUGUGUCGUCCACCAGGACGACUUCUUCAAGCCACAAGAUCAAAUACAAGUCGGGGAAGACGGCUUUAAGCAAUGGGAUGUGCUCGAUUCCUUGGAUAUGGAGGCCAUGGUGAGCACUGUCAGAGCAUGGGUCGAGAACCCGGUGAAGUUCGCACGGUCCCACGGGGUGAGCGUGACACACGGGAUAAGCGUGUCACACGGCUCCCCGCCGCUCCACUCCGAGGACGACAUCCACAUCCUCGUGGUCGAGGGCUUCCUGCUUUACAACUUCAGGCCGCUGGUGGAGUUGUUCAACAAGCGCUACUACAUCGCCGUCCCGUACGACGAGUGCAAACGGAGGAGGAGUACACGCAAAUACACGGUCCCCGACCCUCCCGGUCUCUUUGACGGUCACGUUUGGCCCAUGUACGUGAAACACCGGAAGGAGAUGGAGGCCAGCGAGGUGGAAGUCGUGUACUUGGACGGCUUGAAGUCCCGGGACGACCUCUAUCGGGAAGUCUUCGAAGAGAUCCAGAACACGCUCUUCAACGCUUCGACCGGCGGACACCUCCGCGAACAACCCGAAUGUAAAUAUUACUUUGAACGUCAACGGGGUUUCGUGUUUUCACGACACUCGUGUGUUGCGGAUCGCUCUCCUUCACACCCCUCCUUUUUGUUUUGUAAAUAACUUGAAUGUCCGGCUAAUUUAUUCGCAAGCCCAAGGGCGGGUUUCCAAAAAUAUUUUAUAUUCCUUUUGUAACGCCCAAGGCGAGUCUGUAAAAUAUCCCCGCGCCUCUCGUUCUGUCCGUGACUUUCGUUUGUUUCUAUUGUACAACUAUUAAAAUAAUAAUUCAACCUC